ACGCCCUCAUGCCAAUUCAAAACUAUUUCAUUACUGCACGAUAUUUGAGUACUGGCCCAAACUUUUAACCCUGUAUGCUCUUUGAGUUUUUGUAACUUGCUUAUGGUUGGUUUUGCCAGACAACGACAGCAAAAGUUAUCAGACUACUUUCUCCCUCAAAACAGUUUGCCUGAUAACGUCACAAUUAUCAUUAAAAAAUCUGCGCCGAUCGCAAAAAAAAACAAAAGACAAAAAACCGAGGAAGAUGAUGAAGAAGGAAAUGUGGAUGAUGUUAUAUUACGUCACAGGAACAAAAAAGUCAGAAUAAUAGACGAUACAGAUGAGGAAGACAGUAGAGACGAGGUGCUCAACAGUGAAUUGUCUGACCAAGAUAAGCGAGAAUCUUCAGCGACCAAUGCUGAUGAAGACGAGGAGGAGGAGGACAACAAGGAUAUCAAAAUAGAUAGACGUUUGUGUAGAAAAAAGAGAAGACUGAUAGCAGAUUCUGAUGAAGAGACAUUUGUUGAAAAUAAUGAAGAUGUGAUAGUUAAGGAUACCGCAAUAGAGAGCACUGAGGAUAAUAACCCAUCGGAAUCACAAGAUAUAAAGGAGGAUCUGGAUUUUUUAGACAAAUCAGACAUUCUAGAUCAAAGAAUCAGAGUCAGGCAGUCAUCGCGUUAUAGCCAGGCUUUGAAAAAAUUGAAAGAAAAUCAAAACUAUCACAAUAUGAUCAAGUUGAAAAAGGACCUAUUGAGUCAUAUACUACACAACCUUCAAAUACAGCGAUUGUGAUUGACGACACUGAUGAUAGCUCUGAGCACCAUAGCAACGCAACUGACAGUUUUGCUGAAUCAGAAGAAGAAGAAGGUUUUGUCGUGGAUGAUGAUGUUAUUGAUGGUGUCAAGAGUACAGCCAAGAGU